AUGUGCGACCAACAAACUAGCGAAUUAUUUCCUGGGAGAUUCCUAGUUGAGCAAGAGCAGGCAGACGCCUCAUGCGCCUCACCAGAUUUGCUUAUUCUUAACCAGCCAAUAACGCAUUUUACGGCGUUCUCCUACCUCUGGAAGCAUAGUAGCUACCGGGUUUGUGCAGAUGGCGGCGCAAAUAGGCUCUUUGAUAUGUUUCAAGGAGAAGUGAAAGAGCAGCGCAGGCAAUACCUACCCGACAUCGUCCACGGCGACCUUGAUUCAUUGCGCCACGAUGUUCGUGACUACUAUCGCGAUCAAGGUGUCUUAAUAUCAAGGGACGGCGAUCAAGAAAGUACAGAUUUUGGAAAAUGCAUGCAGAAAAUAUCUUCGCGUGUCUCAUCGGGCACGCGAAACGUUCUCGUUCUUGGAACAUUAGGUGGACGCGUUGACCAAGGGUUGGGACUGUUGCAUGAGAUGAUUAGAGAGGAGACUAAGCAUCCCAACCUCCGUUUGUGGCUGUUUUCUGAAUCCAGUCUGUCGCUCAUCAUAAAGGCAAAGGAAACGAUCCUGAGAGGCUUGCAGGCGAGCCGGGUUUUCACGGAGAAUGUGGGUAUUGUUCCUAUCUACGGCCCAGCGGUGAUCUCGACUGAGGGACUGGAGUGGGAUGUCAAGCAGUGGGCUACACGCAUGGGCGGACAAGUCAGUACGAGCAACCAUGUCAAAGCAGAUAUGGUCCGGGUUGAGACUGACGCGCCGAUACUUUUCACGAUAGAGAUGGCGUCCUUGAAUAUGUCGUAA